AUUAUAAAUAGAUCUCAUCACUGCAAGAGGUCCAAUAAUCCAAACCUUUGCAGAAGAAGACCAUUCAGCCUGAGCAGCAGAAUACUCCAACUUAGCAUCCAAAUCUCUUUGAUAAAAAAAUGGAAGAUAAAGGAUUAAGCACCAAUACGAGGAGAAUCCUCCUAUUGAUUAACUGUCUAAUACUUGCUGUUGGUAUCUGUGGUGGCCCUCUAAUGAUGCGUCUAUAUUAUGUUGAGGGAGGUUCAAGAAUAUGGCUUAGUAGUUGGUUACAAACUGCUGGAUGGCCACUCACCUUUAUACCUCUUGCCAUCUUAUACUUCUAUCGUCGAAAAUCGGAAGGAUCUAAUGCCAAGUUUUACUUCAUAACACCUAGAAUUUUCAUUGCAUCAUUCGUCAUUGGUGUUGUUACUGGUGUUGAUAAUUUUCUCUAUUCGUGGGGCGGGUCAAAACUUCCUGUGUCAACCUCUUCACUUCUUCUUGCUGCUCAACUUGCCUUCACGGCAGUAGGUGCUUUCUUCAUAGUGAAGCUGAAGUUCACACCCUACUCUAUCAAUGCAGUAGUUCUUCUAACACUUGGUGCUGUUUUGUUGGGUGUUCGAUCUAAUGGUGAUAGGCCAGAGGGUGUGAUAAGUAAAGCCUAUAUUCUUGGUUUUAUGAUGACACUUCUGGCAGCAGCUUUGUAUGGAGUCAUUUUGCCUUGUAUUGAGUUAAUUUAUUUGAAGGCAAAACAAGCUAUUACUGCUACACUGGUAUUGGAGAUUCAGAUGGUCAUGUGUUUUGCGGCCACUAUUUUUUGUACUGUAGGAAUGGUCGCCAAUAACGACUUUCAGGCAAUAUCAAGGGAGGCAAAACAAUUUAACCUCGGAGAAGCUAGAUAUUAUACAGUGAUUGUAUGGACUGCCAUUAUUUGGCAAUGCUUCUUUGUGGGUGUUAUUGGAGUCAUUUAUUGCUCUUCUUCUUUGAUGUCCGGAGUUAUGAUUGCAGUUUUACUUCCGGCUACUGAGGUAUUAGCAGUAGUUUUCUUUAGGGAAAAUUUUUCAGGUGAAAAGGGCCUUGCCCUUUUUCUUUCUCUUUGGGGCUUCGUCUCAUACUUCUACGGAGAGUUCAAACAAACAAUGAAGCAGAAGAACAGGAGUUCAGAAACUGAGAUGACAACAACGCAUAUUGAGUCUGUUUGAAUUACUAAGUCUGUUUAAAAAAAGAGUUUGUUUGAUAUACUAUUGGCUAUACAGAUAAAGAAUAUUUAUUUUUUGUAGAAAAUAAUCUAGGUCGUUUUUCUUUCAUUGCUACUUUCCGGACGGUCUCUUUCUUUGACAUUUCUAUGUUUCUCUUAAAUCUCUAAUACAACACUUGAA